ACAUUUAUAAUCAUAUUUAAAAAUCAUAUUUAUUGUGUGGACCAGCCCAUCUGUGGCACCCUUGGACUAGAGUGGAACUAAUGACGCUCAGUCAAUGCAUCACAUCGGACCAAAAACCGGACGCACCAAUAUCCAUACAGUAUGCUCUUAUGCAUUUCGGUGAUAGUUUUAUAUGAAUUACGAGACUAUAAACAUUAAGGACGCUGUCAUUGAUUUAUUAAAAUGCUCUGCUUGUUACAGGAGUAUCUGAUCGGUUUUAAAUAAAGGCGCGUGUCAUUGGACAGAGGCAUUGAGGUCAGUUGAUCAGUCCUGCUGUCAUUUCAGGAUGUCUGACUUUAACAUACAGUCAAGUCCUUCAACAGAGACAAAUAAGCCUGGAUCAGGUAACGACGGCGCUUUUAAAAAACGACUUGGUGUUAUUGCAACUUGUGUCGUCGGGGGGUCAUUGGUUGCUCUGUAUGCAGUCACUGGACCGUUUGUUGCACCGGCAUUAAGAAAAGUUUGUCUUCCAUUCGUUCCUGCAACCACAACACAAAUUCAAAACGUCAUUAAGGCGUUGCAAAGCAGAUCAGGCUCUCUGGUUGAUAUAGGCAGCGGAGAUGGACGAAUAGUUAUAGCUGCUGCAAAAAGGGGCUUUAAAGCAGUUGGCUUUGAGCUGAACCCAUGGCUGGUAUUGUAUUCCCGUUAUAAAGCCUGGAGGGAAUGUGUUCAUCACAGCACAUCUUUUCAUAUUUCAGACCUAUGGAAGAUGGAACAGCUUGAAGUCAAGCUACAAACCGAGCUACAGGGUUCAGCUAAAGUGGUAGCUUGUCGCUUUCCUUUUCCUACUUGGACUCCUGAUGAGGUAGCUGGUGAGGGAAUUGACACGGUGUGGAUUUACGAUGCCAAGACAUUCAAAACUCCCAUCAGGAACGAUAAACACAGUGAAAGAAACUAAAUGUCAUCAUACUUCAGCAGUAAUAAACAAGGAUACGGAAUUGUCAGUCUUUAACAACACAUAAACUGACAAGCAUUGUUGUACAUGUCAGCUGACUGUUUUAUGUUUGUUAUUUUAUGUUUGACAUAUUACUUUGAUUGCAUUCACAUGAUUGUUUGUUUGAGCAAAUAUAAAACCUCUUUUAUUCUUA